CAUCCACAGAGCGUGUCUGCGCGUCAGGCGUGGGGAAACGCAAGCACCAGCUGUCGUGUAUUUAGAUAAACCGUGUGCAGUGUGCAGGGGAGAAAAGAAACCUGCUUAGAAAAAAAGCAAUACACCAGCCGUGAGAUUGACUGAAAGUGCAAGAGGAGGCGGAAUUGCUCAGUGGCACUCUUUAUCGUUUCAAUCAUUGUGCAGUGAUUUUCGGCGUGGUAAGGAUUCGGCGGCUCAGACAGACCUGGGGGUUACCGUGUGAAGCUGAGCCGAGAAAAGAAACAGGAUUGGAAUACAAUUGAAAACACCAUUUUUUAUAAUAAAUAAUACAAAAUAACGUUAGUGAAGACAGCAACGAUUCUGAGGUAUGAGAUAGAGGGCGUGCCUCUAAAAGAUUUAUCAGGAAAGCGUGUUAUGCUAUUGACAGAAAACACACGUCUUUUUUCAUACAAUGCCCUGGCAGUAAACGUGUUCAGUGAAACUCUCUGGCAUGGCUUCCUUGCUUAUCUGAUGUUUUAAUUUAGUUGACGGCUGGACUCUUACCAGACCACAGUCACUGUGAAACAGGAAGGAUCCUCAUACCGCUGAGCUCUGCUUCCUCUUCAAUUCACAGAAGCAGCUAAAAACCUCGGAGUCACCCUGGACCCCUGCCUCUCUUAUUCCCAGCACAUCUCCACUCUGGCACGCACUUGACGAUUCUUCCUGAGCAACAUCCGAAGAAUCCGACCCUUCCUCACCAACUACGCCACCCAGCUCGUGGUCCAGUCCCUGGUGCUGAAGCAAUCACUUCUGAGAUGACGGCUAUCGGAAGUGAUAGGAAGUUGCACAGUCUCGGUUGUGCUGCGUUGCACACAGACACUCUCUCUUCCUCUCUGUGAUUAGAGACGCAACUGGAUCCAUACUGUGGACUGCAACAUGGCUCUCAGGCUUGUAGCGUGUGGGGUGUUUCUGCACAUGGUCUUCCUGCAAGGAACCUGGACCAACAUCAUCCCAAGGAUAACGUUCUCCAACAGCCAUCCCGGCCGAGUUCUGUACCGAUUCAGCGACGGACGAUUCCGGAACACCACCACGCUGUUGCUAAGCGACGAUGGCGGAACGCUGUACGUGGGGGCUCGUGAUGCCCUGCUCUCAUUGGACGUGAGCCAGCGCGGCGCCAUGACGAUCAAGCGCGAGCUCCCCUGGCCUGUCUUUGAUGCGAAGAUAAAUGAAUGUGCCUUGAAAGGAAAGAACCGUGAGACACAGUGUUUUAAUUCCAUUCGAGUCCUCCUGCCUUUGAAUCAGACUCACCUGUACACCUGUGGCACCUACGCCUUCAGCCCCACCUGUGCUUACAUCAAUGUUCAAACGUUUUCACUGGCUCCCGACUCCCAAGGGAGACCACUCACUGAGGAUGGCAAAAGUCGCUGCCCGUUCGACCCCUAUCAGAAGCACACAGCCGUCAUGGUUGAGGGUGAGCUGUACGCGGGCACCUUCUCGAACUUCCAGGGGAACACACCAGUCAUCUCCCGCUCCCUGGGGAGACCCAUGAAGGUGGAUAAUACUCUCGGCUGGCUGCAAGAUCCUACCUUCAUCAGCUCCACCUUUAUCAAAGGGAGCCCCGGGCAAGACAAGGUCUAUUUCUUCUUCAACGAAGUGAGCAAAGAGUACGAGUUCUUUGAGAAGCUCACAGUGUCGCGCAUCGCCCAGGUUUGCACGAGUGACGUCGGGGGGGAGCGGGUUCUACAGGGCAGCUGGACCACCUUCGUCAAGGCACUGCUCAAGUGCUCUUCCCCAGGAGACGUGCCCUACAACAUCAUCCAGGACGCCUUCACACUCCCACCACCAGAGGGCAGGCCUGUCGAAGAUACCCUCUUCUACGCAACCUUCAACGCCCAGUGGGCUGGCGGAGCGGGGAAGUCUGCAGUGUGUGUGUUCAGCCUGGCUGACGUCAAGGCCGUGUUCGCUGGGAAUUACAAGAAGCUGAACAGAGGCACCCAGCGCUGGGUCCCACUCAUCAGGGGCAACACCGACACCAAACCUGGAAAUUGUGGGUUGAACAGCUCAGUGGACAAGGACCUGGCGUUCGUGAAGGACACGUUCCUGGCUGAUGGGAGCGUGACCCCGAAUGACAGAAGGCCGGUUCUGGUGUCCCCUGGGCAGCGGUACAGCAAGAUCGCAGCACAGAGAGUCACAGGAGCCAGGAAGCAGAACUACACUGUGCUGUUCCUGUUAACUGAAUCGGGCUUCCUUCACAAAGUGGUUCUGUUGGAAGGACGCGCUCCUCAUAUUAUCGAGGAGAUUGAGCUGUUCAGUGAACCGCAGGCUGUGGAUAACCUGCUUCUCUCAGUUGAAAAGGGCGUGGUGUUUGUGGGCUCCUCGGAGGCUGUGUUUGAGAUCCCCGUCUCGAACUGCAGUUUUUACCAGAGCUGCGGACAGUGUGUGCUGGCGCGGGACCCCUACUGUGGCUGGGACCCCAGCAGCAAAUCCUGCACUGAGAUGGGACUCUCUCAACUGAUCCAGGAUGUUGAAGGGGACAAUGCAGAUAGGUUCUGUUCAUCACAGUCCAUGACGCCAAAGUCAAGCUCCAACCCAAAGAACACACCACCCAUAGAUAAAAACAUCACAGUUCCCCUGAAAGGGACUCAGAGUCUGUCCUGCCCGUUUGUCUCGCGUCUGGCCGUCCGGAUUUGGACCAGGAACGGGCAGAACGUGAGCGAGCGUGACUACGUGCAGAAAGACGAUGGCACCUUGAUGUUUCUGAUUACCAACAACACCCUGGGCAUCUACGAGUGCAUCUCCGUCGAGGUCGGCUUCCGGCAAGUGGUGGCCCGCUAUAGGCUGCUGGAACAGACAAGCCCCUCCCCUUCUGGAAGCCACACCCACGCUGAACCCCAGCCACCUGCAGAGAAAGAAACAACAUUCCAAAAAGCAUCCCCACCACUGUGGCAAGAGCCCACUUCCGUGAAGGAGACGUCUGCCGACUUAGCCACAAGGAGACAUCCGCCCAGCCCAACCGGGGAGCCCAUUCACCCCCGCAGCGGUGAGAAGAACUACUACAACGAGCUGGUGACCGUGUGCUGCUUCCUCGCCCUGACUCUGUGCAUCCUGCUCGGAGCCCUGUACUUGUUUCGCCAGAGGGUGCAUGAGAAAGCCAGGGUGCAGAGCUGCAGCGAAAUCCCGCAAAAGGCAGCCGACGCAGGCAGCUCCCAAGAGCAGAUACCCCUGAGCCAGGAGAAGCGGGACCCGGAGAAGCACGACCAGGACUGCGCGAAGAUUGAAAACGGGGGGACGGAGAAGAAAGACGCGCAGAACAACCGCCUGAGCAAUUCCAGCAGGAACAGUUACAACAGCCCCGCAUAAGACCAUAAAACCCUUUGAAGAUUACUGCAUCAAAUCUCUUUACAGUACUGCAGCACAAAACAGUAUAGCAGCAUGCUGUGUAAUCAUUGCACACCGUUAAUAAGCCGGACACAACUCCAGGAGGCAGGGAGCUUGCUGUUGGUUUCAGACUCUGUCCAAACGGUUGCAGGACCUUUGUCUAUUGCUGCACCCUGCAAGCGUCCAUGUGUGCUGUACUGUCUUCAACCAGUCCUUCUUUUCAACUUCCACAAGUGAAUGAAACUCGUUCUCAGAAAGGGGCACCUUUAAUAAUAAUAAGGCAAAAAUAAUCAUUAUAGCGUUAAAAACUGUAAAAACAAAUGCCGGAUUUUUCUGCAGGAAGACAGAAAGCAUGGAGCAGCGUUUUCAGCGUUUUUGGAGGCAGCUCAGAUCUUCAGCUCUUGAUUGAGAACUGUCAUUGUCUUACUAGACAGAAAGAAAUGUGUGUGUACUGGGUACUCUGUCUGUCAGAGAUGAUUUGCAUUUCUACUUUUGUGGCCGCUUUUCUACAGGGUGUCAAAGAAAGUUUUGUCCCCAAAUAUUUUUUCUUCGUAUAUGUGAUUUGUUUGUGAUUUUUUUUACAAACUUAAAAUAUGUUGUUUUAAGCAUUUUUUUAAUUGAACAAAAUCUGUGAAGAUGCUUUUGAAGACGAGCCCUGCAGUGCAAGUACCCAACAAGCCCCACCAAGAAUUCUUUGCAUUUAUCCUUUAUAAGCUACAUUGAAAAGUGUUUGUAAUUGCAUUGAUCAAGCCUCUCUUUAUUAUUUCUCAAUGCAGCAGUCUUGAGUGUUGUAAUAGCUCUGGAUGAGUGAUUUUGGGCUCAGUUGCUCCAAUACUGUUGCUAAAUCUGCCUUUACCUGGCUUUGAGCUUGUCUGGAGAAUUAUAGACAAUAUUAUAGUGGGGUCGCGGGGGGUGAAAAUGUUAUUCAAAGCGACUCAUUUUUUAACAAAUGAAACUUCAGUUCUGUACCCACUGUUUUUAACCUCUUGCUGGUAAAAUACCACUGCACAAUUUAUCUGAUUUAUUUUAUUGAGCUCUUUCCACCACAGCAAGCACAUGUUGACACCCCAGAGGGUAGUUUCUGAUUCACCAUCCCCAUUGAGGCAGGUGAAGAAACAGCUGCUCGAAUGAGUUCUGGUUGCUGCUCUCCACAGAGGCCGGGAGCAGCUGACAGCUGUGUGGAGAGCAGCAGUCGGCACAGAUGCGAGCAGCUGUUUCUUCAGUUCGGAUAGUCUGUGCUGCUCUGCUGUGGAACUCAGGGUUCAGGGACUUGCACUUCAAUUGUAAUCUGCAGGAUUCUUUAUUUUUUUUUAAUGGUUAAAAAAUAAUGAUUGUUAUGUGAAAAAUAAAAAUAGCUGGCAAAUUUA